AUGGAAGCACAGUACUAUGAGGCUAAACGCCGCCAACAUAUCAUUGAACGAAAUCAAUCUCUUCGAACACAGAAAGAUCUUGACAAGCAAGCACGCAAGCUGGAACGUCCACAACCGAUGAAGAAAUCGUUCGAACUACCAACUCGUAUCUUCCGUCCAGACAUCCGACCAGCACGUUGUACCUGCACACCGAUGGAAAUGAUGGUAAUAGAUGAUAGCGAACCUGUUUCAUUUCAACGAACCCGAGAUAUAUACGUUCGACCGAAAACGGCCGCGCCUUCACAACAACAACGACAAUACUAUCGACGAGAUGCUCGUCUUCCCAAUCGAUUCACUUCAACUGAAUAUCGUCAACAAUGGUAA